GCUACUCCCUCCCACGUGGGGGAGGAGAGAUCAGCACCUCGCAUGACGUCACCAGUUCGUAUAAAUCCAGCCAAGGUGCUGCGAGGCUCCAGACCCGAGAGCUCGUGAGAGGGACAGCUCAGCUGAGACAUGCAAAGCCCUCCCAAACCUCAGUUUGCCAGCUGGCUCAUAGAGCAGGUGGAGACGGGCCAGUACACGGGCCUGUGCUAUGUGGGCCCGAACAAGUUCAGAGUCCCCUGGAAGCACAACUCCAGGAAGGACUGCAACGACGAGGACAGUAAAAUAUUCAGGGCGUGGGCGGUAGCAAGUGGCAAAAUCAACGAGUUCCCCAACGACAAGGCCAGGUGGAAAACCAACUUCCGAUGUGCUCUGAACAACCUCUCCGUGCGCUUCAAGAUGACACAGGAUAAUUCCAAGAAUUCAGACAACCCUCAUAAAAUCUAUGAGAUUAUCAACACUGAGCACAACGAAGGUCCGCCAACACAAGACUCCCAGGAGGACUCUGACAUGACUCCGGACAUCUACAGCUAUCCCAUAGAGUGCUUCCCCUCGGGAACUGAGCACAAUAUUCUUUGUGAAAUGCAAAACAAUUUAAUGACCUUGGAUCUCGGGAACCAUCCAUCAGAGGAGCAGCCUUGGACAGAGAACUAUGGUCAGCACAAUCCAGCUGUGAUUGGCAGCUAUCCAGCCGAGAACCACCCAGCGAUGCUACCAGAUCAGCCGUCUUACUACGAGCCAAAUCCUCCACCAGUCCCCAGUUCACCUCUGCAGCCAAGUAUAUAUGACCUGGAGGUCUCCAUCCACUACAGGAAAAAAGAAAUGUUUAAGACCACGAUGACCACUGCCCGUCUCCAGCUCCACUACCACCACGAGGACCCUGAGCUCAACGCCCGUCACCUCUGCUUCCCCUCCACUGACAGUCUGCUGGACCACAAACAGAUUGAUUACACCAACCGCAUCCUUAACAGCAUCCAGAAAGGUCUGCUCCUGGAGGUGCAGGAGACUGGCAUCUACGCCUGGAGGCAGGACAGGUGCCAUGUGUUUGCCAGCACCAGUGACCCCAGUGUGGCUCACCCAGAGCCAAGAAAGCUGCCCCAGAACACAAUGGUGGAGAUCCUCAGCUUUGAGAAGUAUGUGAACGAGCUGAAACAGUUUAAAGAGAACAAUGGUGGCUCUCCUGAAUACACCAUCAACAUGUGCUUUGGGGAGAAGUUUCCUGAUGGGAAAGCCUUGGAGAAGAAGCUGAUCGUAGUCAAGGUGGUCCCCCUGAUCUGCCGACACUUUCACGAGAUGGCCCACAUCGAGGGAGCCUCGUCUCUUCACAGCGCCAACGUCAGCCUACAGAUCUCGCACAACAGCCUCUACGAUCUCAUUAACUCCGUCUUUGGUCUGCCAACGGCUGAGCUGGAGCUGUCGCGGGCUGCUGAGCCUUUUCUAUCUCAGAUCUGAAUUUUUUUUCCCUCACACUCGGCCCUAAGAGGGACCACUUCAACUAUCUAUGGGACCUCAUGAUGCACCACAUCCUGCUCCUACUCAAAGCUUUGCUACAAACAUUACCUAACUGGCGACCUGUUGAAUGUGUCACAGCAGAUGAAACAGGAAUGAACAGAAUGAAAUUGUGUAUUACAUAAUGUGCCGUUUCUGACCAACUGUAGCUCCAUCCUCCUGCUUAUUUCAUGUUCACAUUAAGUCACAAACUGUCACCGAAAACUGACAUUUCUAUCACUACAUAAGUAAAAAUAGACUCCUCCACGGUUAGACUGUUUCAUAACUCAAAGGCUACUGGCCUUGCCUUGAAUUGAACCUUUAUAUGAGUGUCGUAAAUGUUAAAUCAUCUCUUGAUGAAAUGCCCGAUUCAGUUGAUGUUACAAUCCUGAUUCCAAAAAAGCUGAGACACAUGUAAACGUGAUCAUUUGCAAAUCCUUUUUGAGUCGUACUCAGUUGAAAACAGAAAGAGACAAUAUAUGUAAUGUUUUACCUCAUCAGCUUCAUUCAUUUGGUUGUCAUUUUAUUCAUUUACAAAGGACUUCAUCCUGUUUUCAUUUACAUUUUACUGAGACCAAACAUUUUUGGAAUCAGGGUUGAACAUGUAUAAGGUUACCAAAUAGUGCCUUACAUGAUGGUAAAUACAUUCUACCGCGUAAACCUUUUUGAUCACGUUUACGAGCUUGUAAACGGGAGCUGAACAUAAAGCUAAAUCAUGUAUGUAUCUAAGUGUUUUUGUGUCAUACAGCCAGUGAAGACAGUAUAUUUGUAUAUUAAAAUGUCUAUUGUGAAUAUUUUGAUCUUCAGAGUUUUUUAGCCAUUUUUUUAACUUGCUGGUCAUCUUGCACUUUUCGUACUACUUAAAUCUACCUGGCUUUAUUUGGAUUGCAAAUAAACUGUUUAA